CUAACUUACCCUCUUCCCUCCCCCUUACCCACUACCCACUCUCUCAAGACACGCUCCGUCUCCUGGCUUUCCCCAAUUCCCCGCUCCUUCACCCCUGUCAUACCCUUCUCAUCAAUCAAUUGAGGGACCCUCUGUGAAUCCUUUCGUGGGUCCACUUUCUCUUCCAGAAGACCCAUUUUCGUAUUCUUCUUAAAAGAAAGCCACACCCCAUCCGUCCAUUCAUCCACCCACACAUCUUCACACCCGACCAUCCAUCAUCACCACAUCAGAAAACUAGCAAGCAGCUUGGAUUCUGGACAGCGCAUCCGCUACCUUACCUCCCACAACCUCCCACCACCUCCCACCCUCCCAAACCGCCAAUAACGGUCGGCACCAACACGCUCCCUUAUCCCUAUCCGACAGCCCACACUUCUCGUUUGCUGCCGCAGACCUGUGUUUGUAUCAUAUAAGCUCGUCGUCCGCUGUCGCUCGCCCGCAUCUCUAAUCGAUAUCGUUGACGAUACCAGAAUAUCGUUAUCGCUAUCACCCAUAACUACCAACAUAGUUAGUGUAAUAAUAAGUACGACACCGUCUCCGCCCCUCAGCUCGACCCUCCAAAUAAUCACAACGCAACCAUAAUGGCGAACAACUACCAGCCUUAUGUUGAGGAUUAUAAUUCCGAACUCUCAGAAGCAAUUCCCGUUGUUCCCGUGAGACGCCAAACAACAAAAAGACCCUCUGGUUUAAAUCAAUCAUCAACUGUAGAAGAAGUGCCAGAGCCGAGUUAUGAGGGGGUUUCUGAUUCCGGAUAUUCGUCUCACUCGGUAGCGAGCACACCCAUCACAGAGACACCACCGCCACCACCAAAGGCCCCAACACCAGCACCAGUACGAACACAUCAGCCUAGCCGAUCAUCGUCGGGCCCAAUACCGUUCAACCGGCCUUCAAGCAAAUCCUUCUCUCGUCCUGCUUCAUCUGCAGCUCGGAAUAUCCCCAACGCUAACUCUGGCAGCUAUGGGUAUUCGAGCAGUUAUGGGGCAGGAAGGGAGAGUUCGCUGGGUGGAGGAUCUUCGGAUUGUGAUUGUCCAGAUUGCGGAAAAACUCUUUCGAAAUCAUCACCAACAAUCUCUAGUUCAUCCAGUGCAACCAGCAGUGCGUGGCCCGUCCACCAACAAUCACCCACUUAUCAUCACUCGUUGCCGUACGGACAGUCACCAAGCUAUUCAGGAUACCAUUAUCCCCAGCACUAUGAUGGAUAUAGUACACCCACGGAUAGUGGAAUUUCUGAUUCCAGCGCGGGAGCAGGUGGGAGUCGAAAGAGCAGGUCGUCCAUGCCCCCACCACCGCGACCACAGUCGACAUUCGCGGGUUCGACGACAACAACUUCAACUCAUAGUUCUGGCAGCAUUCCGUGGUCCCAUACUAGCAGCUACUCUUCCGCAAGCUACUUCGAUGCCCAUCCCUCCACAUCUCCGGUUCCACCGGCUCCGUCGACCACCUGCCCACCUGUAUAUGGAUCAUCAAUGUAUCCACCUCCACCACUGGAUACCUCUAUCGCUCCACCUCCACCACAGUCGUCGUCAUACUCAAACUCGCCCUAUGCUCCCCCACCGGUACCGAAUUAUGGAUAUCCUCCCGUAACCGACUACACAGCCAAUGAUUAUUACGGCCAGAGUACAGCCCCAUCGACGCCCAGCUCAUCUCUUCCUCCAUCGGAUUAUCGAGAUGGAUAUAGAUCAUCAGAGUAUAGUGUGAUGCCCCCUCCCCCUCCGAUUGCGAAUCGUCGGAGUAGCAUGAGAGCGCAGGCAAAUGCUGGUGCUUCCAUCGACUCGUCCCCUGAUUAUACUCACUCGACACCCCAUCGCCCACAAAGGCGAAUGAGUAGCCGCGCUCACGGUAGCGAGAGAUCCUCAUCUUGGUAUGGCCAAAGCCAACUGCAAUACCAGGAAGCACCCGAACGGAGUUACUCCGUUCCCCCAACAAACACUGGUGCCCCUGCUGAGAGUUCUCGACGCAGGGGCACUACCCCGCAGCCAAUGCGCAGAAGAGAAAGCAACAACUCGCAAGGGACCUCGGGUUCUCAUUCUGCUAGGCUGGGGCCUUCUGCGCUUUCGAGGUCGAUGGAGGCCUGCACUAUUGAUGAUCAUACACCACGAUCAUCUCAUCACCGCCACAGCAGCAGCGGCCAUCACUACGACUCUCACCACGCAGUAGCCCGCCGUGAACCAGGGACUAUGAUGCAAAGCAGUCGCAGCAAUGGAAGUAGUGACUCUGGCAGUAGCAGUGGCCAUGAGGGGAGAGAAGAGCUGGUGCAACUUACCGUACCAGAUUCCGACGAAUCAUUCACAAUGAGGUAUCCUGCGGGUAUCCCGGUGAAACUACAAUUAAAUGGUGGGACUUUCCAACGGAUCCUUUCUUUUGGCCGUAAGAGCAAGAAUGUGAAUAUUGAGGAUCCUAUAGCAUACGGAUGUGUUCGGCAGAGACAGCAGCAAGUGCAUGCCCAGUUGCAGUAUGCGGCCGGCCAACUUGAUCAUAGCGAUCGACGGACAAGUGCCGAAUAUCACCACCGGUCCAACGGUUAUCCUCGCAGGGAGAUGGCCGGUGUUUGAGUUAAUUACGAUCUGUCUAUGGCUAGAUGGGAACUAUUGUUGGCUGCCUUAACGGAAGAUGGCCUUGCUUUGUCUUUCAGUAACUGUAGCGUAAAGCACUGUUGCCGGACCUCGACGAGCAAAGAAGCCCUGGCAACGAUGACAGCAAUGGACAAUGAUGAAUGGUGAUUUGGGCGAGGAGAUUUCUUUAUGCUUUUGUCUCAUAGCUAGGGACGGGGUUUUAGUUCCUAUGUUUAUAUGAGAUGACUCUUAUGCACCUUAGUUUUUUUUUUUGUCUGUUCCGCUUCUUCGCCCUCAGGAGGUUAUCGGGCAUGUUGGUUUUGACUCAUCUGUCAGUUGUGGCUACCACACUUUUAUUCACAAGCACGGCAAGGUACCUUUUCCUUUUCUGCCUUUUUGCUUUCGUGUUUAUCAUUCACCAUACUACAUUCUUAUCAUUUGGGCUUUGGUUCUUUUCUUUACGGUACCUUUUAUUACUACAAUAUGUUGGCGGCAAUAUUUUGUUAUUUGUUAUUGUUUUCUUUGUGUUAUUUUAUUUGGUUGACUUGAACGCCUCGAUAUCCAGCCUCGGCGUAAAAGCUCCUGGUUUUUGGAUAUGGAAGCGGGCUUCAAAACUUCAGGCUUCAACUUUUCUUUCCUUUCCCCCUUUCCCCUAAUCCUUUUCCUUUUCCUAUGUCUGUUAAUUGGGGGUGUUUUUGGUUUUUUUUCGGGGGGUUUUUCUUUCGGUUUUAUUCUCGGGAACUUUUUUGGGCAGACGCUCUUCACGGUAUAUCCCUCAAGUGGGGGAUGCCAAAACUUCAGUUCUCGGGGUGACGUUAUUCAACCUUUUCGAGUUUGCUUGUUACAAUAUCUUCUGUUUUUCUUGGGACAUUUCGAGUCGAGGAAGAAGUAGACGGAUGGAUAGCAAGAGCUUCACAGACUCACAACAACAAGAAAAGAAAAAUCCUUGUCCAGAUGAGCCGUGAUUGAUGCCCAUCUCAUAAGAUUCUAUUACUUGGAUGGAUGGAAUUGAAUAAUUUGGCAAUUUUCACGUA